UUGAAAUUGUUGGCAUGACAUCGACUGAGUUGACUUUUGCUGUUGGAUUUGCAUAUAUGGAGUCUGAGCAAACAGAGAAUUUUUGCUGGGUAUUGGAGAAAUUAAAAGAGUUGUUUGUGAAGAAAGACAUGUGUCCACAAGUGAUUUUGACAGAUAGAGAUCUUGCUUUGAUGAAAGCAAUUGAAGUUGUGUUUCCCAACUCGAUUAAUUUGCUAUGUAGAUUUCACAUUAACAAAAACGUUGGUGCCAAAUGCAAACAACAUGUGGUGAAUGACCUGCAAAAGACGAUAGACACAUUAUGGAUGGAAGUUGUCUGGGCUAGUGAUGAGGUUGAGUAUGGUCAGCGGUUGCAUCAACUUGAGCAAGCAUGUGUUGAUUAUAGUGGAUUUAUUAAUUAUGUGAAAGACACAUGGUUGACUCCACAUAGGCAUAGAUUUGUUGGAGCAUGGAUUAAUCGAGUCCUACAUUUGGGUAACACAACGACUAAUCGGGUUGAAUCUGCUCAUUGGAAGUUAAAGCAGAUGUUAGGAAACAGUAUAGGUGACAUGGUCAAAUGUUGGGAAGCCAUGAAUAACAACUUGAGGUUACAACUGGGAAACAUUAGAGCUUCAUUUCAAAAGAGUUUUUACGAAGUUGAGAACGCGCACGUAAGUCCCUUUUAUGGUUAUUUGCGUGGUUCCGUAUCUCGAGCUGCUUUGAGACGUAUUGCUGAAGAGUUAUUGAGAGUUGAUUAUGUUGGAACUAACAGGCAAAUAUGUGGUUGUACUCUUAGAACAUCUUAUGGGUUACCUUGUGCUUGUGAGUUAGGAAGAUACAGAGUAGGUGGUAUACCGAUACCCAUUGAUGCUGUUCAUGUUCAUUGGAGGAAACUAACUAUGGAAGUUGAGUUAGAGAUAGGUGAAGAUGAUGGAUCAGAGGUGGAUAUGACAGCUGCAAUGGAUGAGUUGUGGAGACGAUUUAGGUCAUUAGAUGUUGUUGGGAAAAGGGCAUUAAGGAGUAGGGUAUGUGAACUAGCAUACCCAACAAUGACAACAUUGUGUCCACCACCUGAGAAAAUAAAAACCAAAGGAGGAGUGAAGAAGAAAGGGAAAAACCAGCAGAUUAUGAUGUUUAUAGGGACCCUUCGUAUCAUGAGUAUGUUGAUAAGGCAUCUCAAUCUUCACAAAGGCAAUCUCAACCAUCACAGACUUCGAAGAAGAUCAAAUUAUCAAAGAAGCAACCACAAUUCAUUGUUCAAUUUCCUAAUCAUAUUAGGUCAUACAUUGAAGAUGUAGUUAAUGUUGAAUCAGAUGGUAAUUGUGGAUUUAGAGUCAUUGCAUCAUUGCAUGGAUAUGGUGAGGAUGGUUGGUCAAUGGUUCGCAGAGAGUUGGGGUUGGAAUUAAUAGACAAGGAUAGGUCAACUUUGUAUGACAAGUUAUUUUCUAAUCGGUUGUCAGCUGUGAGAGAA